GAUGCUGUAAUACAGCUUUUAUCCUCGUUGAUGCUCUCCCCGGACGAUGCUCACAAUCUCAUUCGAGUUGUGGUUGACAGUACCAAGCUACAGUCACCUUCCACUAUGGUGACUCCUCAGUGCCCUGCUCCUCACCCCACUACCCAGAUUCAUCUCACGGCCUCUCCCAUUGUACAGACUCUGGUUCUCAACUCGCAGACUCCAGCUCCCACUUCGCAGACUCCAGUUCCCACUGCGCGGACUAAGUCUCCCCUUGUUCAGCAAUACAAUGGCUUUCCCUUUGAUGUCCCGCAUGCUGACGCAAAUGGACCAUUCUACCUCAUAACCCGAGGUCGCCGUGUUGGCGUUUUUGAUACAUGGCCGCGCACUUCUCCCCAUGUGAUUGGUGUGAAAACAUCUUCGUACAGUCGCGCGUGGUCCUUGGAUGAUGGGAUUUUGCAUAUCAUGGAUGCCAUAGACCUAGGAGAAGCAGUAUGGCUUCCUUGGAGGGAAGAUGGGCGACUCUUGAUUCACAUAUUUCGAAUACAAUAUUUGUUGUGA